AGUAAUUUACUCAGGACAAUCUGUUUUCAAUCAUCCAAAUGUAGUAUCGUUCAUCUGAACAUACUUCUAUUUUUACGUAGUCCAAGUGCCCUCAUAUUGCAGUUGUUGGUGUCUGUCAAAUUGUAGCUCCUCGUGUUGCUGUAGCGAAAUGAAUGAUUUUGAAACGACAAUCGCAACGUGUCAACAUCGGUUAGAAGUCUAAGUACAAGCACAACUUGAUUUCCGCUCUGAUGAUUGAUACCUGAGUUCCAUCUGUGUGUUGACGCCUCACACAUGUUGUUUUGAUUUCAACUAAGAACAUAGCACGACAUUCUUCCAACACCAAUUUAAUCAUUUUGUAGUCUAAAAUAUUCUUCUCACUCUGAAGACGAGCAAAAAUAUACCCUGAUUCAGUCGUACAUGUUUUCUGUUGCCGAUGACCUGAAAAAACGCGGAAGAGACAAACGCACCUUGGUUUUGCGCUGCCCCUAGCUUGGAGCAGUAUCAACAAAGCGUACUUGUGGAAACAAGGUAUCCCACUCUACACGCCUAGGUAGGCUAGCUAGUAGCCUACCACACCACUAAGUGCUUUUUUCUUUCAUGUGUGCUGGGCCUGGGAGUGUCUUCGCGACCUUCCACCCUUUCGUAGCGAGUUCAAUUUUUGAAUUUUUUUCUUCGAGAACAGUCCCCAGUUUUUAAUUUUGUUAAUUAUGUUGUAACAGCCAUGUUUGAGUGAUUAAAAGGGCGACAGCAUAUAGUCCUAAGUCAAAAAGAAAGCCGGCCCGAGGUCCGGGGCGACAUCAGGGAGAGCCGUCAAUAUCAAUAUCAAUGAAUCAGAUGAGCUACCGCCGAGGGCGUGGUGGCCGGGAAGACGAACACGACUGGGAAGAGCCGUACAGCAAGCGACACAAGGGAAAGGGCGCCGCCGGGGCUUACCCACCGCAUCACGCGAUGACGUCGUAAGAUCCUUUAUCUAUUUCUGGCCGCUUAGAUGUGAAAAAGUAGUACUAAAGAAACCACUGCAAGCAACAAAGCAUUACCCAUGCAUGCUCCCUGUCGUUGUACAACCACCUGCGACUGUCUCCGCAUCUUGUAUCAUGCAAAUAUACUUUCUUGUUAACUUAAUCUCCUCCUACAACAAGAACAACCCCUAACAGAAACGGUAUGUCCCCGCCGGGUCCUGAGGUCGAAAAUUUCGAUCCGGCUAUGGCACAGGGAAUGCCGAACUCACUUCGGAUCUUGGUUCCAGAGAAAAGCACGAAAAAAGUCAUAGGUACUAUUUUUACUGCUCCUCCUAAUAACAUCCACCUUGUCAAAGAAGAUGUUACACGAAUGAACUGCGCGCGUUGACGAGGAAGACCCUGGAACAUGUUCAAGAUCGUUCAACCACGACUACUAGGUCAGUCGGGCGAAAAUGUGAGACGCAUUGGGAGCCAAGCUGGAUGCUUCAUUCACGUCUCUUCCCGCGCAUUCAACACGAGAGACGCAUGUACCGAUCACAUCGUUUCCAUUUCACCACGAAAUAAGCAAUCCUCCGAAACGUGGGCGCAUGCCAUCGAGCAGUGCUCGUUUGCGAUGAAGGCGGUAAUGCUUUUAAUUCAAUGAAUACUAGUAUGAUCUACACCUAGGAAUUAUUUGAAUUAAGUAUAUAUUAUUAUCAUGCACGAACCUCAUCCCAUAGCAGGACUUAUUCCCCUUUGUUCUCUUUUCAAGGUGUGCUGCAAAUCUUGAUUGGCUUUCACCCUUUGGUGAAGGUUUAGGCCCUGCGGCGCUCAAAGCACUAAGUAAAACAACCGGUUAGUUUUCACCUUGAUCACCAACGUAGACUUAUCCCGUGCAACAAAAUAUUAUCAUGCACGAAGACGAAGGAAGACCAUGCGCAAAUUUGACAUUGACAGCCAACAUGUGGAUACUCCCUUUAGUACUGUGUCCAAUUGUCCUAAAUAAGGUAAUGCGAGAAGCGUUUCAAUCUAUUGGCGAAGGGGAUCCAUUCAAAUGUAUUUUUCUGGCACCCGCACACUGCGCGGGACUAAUCAUCGGAAACCGUGGGGACCGAGUUGGUCACAUCCGUCGCGUUUUCGACGUCGAUAUACAACUAUCGAAGCCACCGCACGGCCAAUUCGACGAGGAAGUCACCUUUACCGGUAAAGUUUGUCGUUGAAAUUAUUAGCUGGUUUUGGUAUGAUUGUAUCACAGGAUCAGGAGAUGACGGCGACCGAUCUUGUGAAAACAUCUACAAACUAUCCUAGCUACUUACUUAUUAAUAUUAAGAUUUUUCAAUGAUGAUGAUCUCAGGGGGUCGUGAUGAGAAUGGUUUCCUUUCUCUUAGAAUCAAACAAGUUCCUGAAAAGCAUUAGUCGUGUAUUCACAUAUUGAAUUUGAAGGUAAACUUGACCAAGUGGAGCAAGUGGUGAAUAUGAUGAACGAUGUUUUUCAAGUCUACUGGCCAAAUGUCUCUGAGGAUGAACAAAGAAUGGCACAAAUCGAGCAAGCGCGUCGAGACAAGGAAUUCGAGCGCCGUGGCAUGGCACCAGGUACCGGUACUGCUUCUUUUAUCUAGAUCUUUUGUAACUGUUGCAGUGUGAAGGAGUUUUGAGAUAUUCUUACCAAGAAUAGACAUCUGUAUAAUUAUAAUAGAGUAGUUUAUAGACGCUGGGCGGCCUCGCUGGGCACGCUGGGCGGCAACGCGGAGCACGCUGGGCGGCAACGCUGGGCGGGCGAUUGGAUAGCGGACUUGGGGGCCAUACAUUGGGCAUGCCGAGCCUGCGCGGCCGAUGGAUUUACUUGCGCCGCGGGGACGCGGUGCAGCGCGUCCCGUGAGGACAAACAAAGGCGGCGCGCCGCCCUCAAGGUUCAGGGCAGCGCUGGCGCAGUGCUGCGCCAGUUUGCGCAGUAGCGGGCUGCGCGGCGCCUGCUCUGUUCAGGCUUGCGCUGCGCGAUGCGUGCAAUGCUGCGCCGCUCUGGUGCACAGCGGUAAACUCGCCAGCGUCGUUAGCCUUGGCCUACGCUAGGCUAGCGCUGCUGGUGGGGUUCUCAAGCGGGCGCCCGAAGGGCGCCCCGCAAUUGGAGACGCCCAGCGUCACGCUGGGCGCAGAAUUCGGCAGAUCUGGCACAUUUGGGUCGCCCAGCGUGCCCAGCCCAGCCAUGUUGGGAACCCUUAUAAACUGUUCUAGUAUUCACAUUUAGGCACUUGAAGUCAGUAUUGUGCUUAUAAUAGAUGAUCACUGGUACUAGAGAGUUUUUUUCGUCCAGGUUCAUCACCGACAAUGGGCGGCAAGCCCGGUCCCCGAGGCAUGCCGCCACGUCCCGGAGGAUACGGUGGUCCACCACCGAUGGGACCUAGUUAUGGACCACCACCGACUCCUGGGCCUCACCAUGGACCGAGUGCAAACGGUGGAGCGGGAAUGCCCCCAAGAAGCGCUCCGGCACCGGGACAGUCUCCUGCGCAGUCCCCGGCCAUUCAACACGGACUGGCGCCACCAGUGGUAGCGGCGUCACAGCUCACUUCCGUAUGCGACCACAUUCCGAUCACAGAGCAGAAAACUAGAGCACUGCGACUCGAGAUCCCAGAGAGUGUCACGCCAGAAGAAAUUCUCGGCCGAAAUGGAUACUUCACCAGGGUAUUUUUUUCGUGUGUCGAAUAUUGCAGUUCAAUAUUUCAAUUAUUUCUAAAGAUGCGACGUCGCGGACGCACUACUCCAACUGAAUCAAGUAAUUGGAAUUGCGUUUCUCCUAAUUGGAAUUCGCUUGGAGUAAGGUUUGGAAAGAAACAUAUUUUUAGAAUUGAUUCCAAAAGCAAAUUCUAAAAAGUGGAAAUUACUUACUUACUUCCAGGAUAUCCGGGCUAAGGUCGAGCAGAGCAAACUUGGAAAUCUAACCGAUAUUGCGGUUGAGGAAGAUGGAGUCAUCACGGUUCGAGCUACCGAGGGUGUGCUGCCGUACAUCGCGGCCCAGCUGAUGGAGAAAUUUCGCCAAGCGGAAGGCUAG